ACGAAAAGAUUAAGCCUGCUAAUACGGUGAGGACUCGAAUUCCUUUAAUUUAAGAAGCAUACAGUGGGCCGGGGUAGGUAUGUUAAGUCAUUGUAGUAUAAAGGAAAGAAUGAAAGAAAACAUUGGAUUUCGUUUGACAGUUUGAGCCACUGGGAGUAGGAGAGGGAGGAGGUCGGGAGGGUUUUAAAUUUGCCGAAAGAGAGACGAGAAGGUAGGUAGUAGGUAGAAUUCACACAUGGGGCUGUCCUGCUGAGUCCUGACCCAAAACCAAAAAAACUCAGCUUUGGCCAUUUGUGGUUCCUCCGGCCCAUAAAUGCGCAACUCGUCCACAUCACAACCUUGCAACUGCUUGCUGUGCCGAUGGUGAUGGCUUCAAUUACCAAAAGCUGAAAUUAAACAGCUUUUCCGUGCUUCCUCCGUGCUAUAUGAACCAUCAUUUGUAAAGCCUUCUCGCCUCCGAAUAACCAGAGAGGAGCCACCGAUGUUGAAGCUCAAAUCUCUCAUCGCCACUGUUCUUCUUCUCUCUGCUCUUCUGCCUCCACCAAGCUUAGCAGCAGAUGGAGGAUCAGAUUCAGAUGCCAUGAAUAAUUUAGAUAGGGAAGUGUACGAGAUUGACUACAGAGGUCCCGAGACUCACUCCUACAUUCCUCCGCCAAAUCAAUCACGUGGCCGCCCUUUCAUACAUCAUGGAAGUGUCACGGUGAAGCCAAAUUUCAAAGGCCCAAGAGCUCACAAUGUUAAAGAUGAAAAGACUAUUCAUGGAUAGAGAAUAUAUAGCAACUUAUGGAGAAAGAGUUCUCUUGUUUUGCUAUGCUGGUAAAUGUAAUAGUUAGAUCUGUUUCUGUAAAUGAGAAUUGUGAAUGUUAAAUUGAACGAACACUUUGACUAUUAAAUAAGUUCUUUGA